AUGGAACACUGGUUCAUCAUCGUGUCUUUUGUUCUCAACUUAUCGUUGUUUCCAGUUGGAGCUGCUCCGACCUAUGAUUACACAUCCGAAGAUCUUCCAGAAUUGUGGAAAGUAGGACACAUGUAUAUCGGGAUAGAUUACGUUACAACGACAACAGCAAAGGUCUCAUGGAGCAGACUAGCGGGAAACUUCGAAUUUUACAGAAUCCAAAUAACGCCGAUGGGAAGUGGGGCAAAGGUGCACCCAAGCAUCAUAGCAUCCAUAUCUCCCGACCUCGACGUUUCUAUCACGAAGCUUAUACCCGGUUAUUGGUAUGUGGUGGAAGUUAUGGUCGUGAGGGGGGCUCAUGAAAGCUUGGUGACAUCGACAGGAUUCUACGCCAGGCCACAGUCCGUUGACCCGGCGACAAUAAACUUUAGAAGGAUCACAGCAACAAGUGCGGACAUAAGCUGGAAACCGGUGACUGGCAACUUGGACUACUAUGUUGUGGAGACGAGCCAAGAGGCAGCAAUCACAGGUUCCAUUGGGAGGAAGAAAGUAGUACGGACCUCGCGGGCGACUCUGAAAGGGCUGGUCCCCGGAAUCGCGUAUACAGUCACCAUUACCACGAAAGUUGGCUCGACAAAAAGCAAAACAUGCAGAAAAACAUUCUCGACGAAGUUGCCAAGUACAUUGCCACCAGAACCAACCCACAUCUCAGAGAUAUUGAAAACCUCAACUACAUGUACGGUAAUCAACAGGCCAGCCUCAGUGCGUCAUAACAUCACAAUUAAACCACGUGAUAAGACAACCAAGCCACGAACCAUUUCAUCGUACACGAUACCACCGACAGUAAAGUGGCCGAAUAUUGUAAAUCGAACAGGAAUAGUUCCAGCAUCUUCGGAGCCACACUCGGGUUACAAUAUUAUCAUUUCUGUAACCGUUGUUGUGGUACUAAUGGCAGUAGGUGUUUCUCUUGUCAUCGGUUUAGUGUUAAGACAGAAUGGCGCUGCCUGCUGGACAAGCAAAGGAAACGCUGGUGAAGAUUGCGGGGCCACAAUGAGUAACCCAACGUAUGAAAAUUGUCAGCAUCUUUCUUCAGUGAUCUACGACGAUUUACCCGGAACGAUAUAGCAACUACCCUCAAAUUGGCCAAGCAAGAAUGAAAGUACAUGUAUUCGUCUGUGGACUUUCCGGGGCGGCUAGCCACUUGUUUGUCUAUACCAACAUCUUAACGUGGGUCUAUGUUGGAAACCUACCGUGUCAUGUAAAAAUAUUUAUUACAGACAUUUUAGUGCUAAACAAUAAAAAAAGCA